AUAUCUUUCGUAAAUAAAUCAUGUACAUGUAAACAUUCGAAUGUGGUUUUAAGUUGAAGCUUUUCUGUUUUUUACUAAAAGAAAGAAGUUCGGGAAGAACACACUUGUUAACCAUGGGCGUGCAAUUGUAUGAAAUUUUGUCAACUUAUAGUAGGUUUAAACCACACUUCCUUAUGGUUAUGACUCAAGUGGGUUAUGCAUUUCUCUACUUCAUAACUGAAGCUUCCUUCAACCAUGGAUUGAAUCCUCAUGUUUACAUUACUUAUCGCCACAUUGUGUCUGGUUUUGCCGUACUGCCUUUCGCUUAUUUUCUGGAAAGAAAAGUAAGACCCAAGCUGACACUGGCAUUGUUUGCCGAGAUAUUUGUUCAUUCUCUCCUCGGGGUUAGCUUAACUCUAAACAUGUACUUUGCAAGCUUGAAAUAUACGUCUCCAACCUUCCUCGCUUCUAUGGUCAACACGAUUGCUUCUCUAACUCUUAUCAUCGCAGUUGUCCUGAGGUUGGAAGUUAUUGAUAUCAAGAGCAUCCGUGGAGUGGCAAAAGUUCUUGGGACCGUAGUUUCCUUGGCCGGUGUCAUGACCAUGACAUUAUACAGAGGACCUGCAGUAAAAAAUCUAUGGAGUGCUAUAAUCCACAUUGGAGGAAAUAGUACGAUUCAAGAAAAUUGGUUGAAGGGUUCAGUUCUUGUUGUUGCUAGCUGCAUAACAUGGUCCAUGUGGUACAUCAUGCAGGCCAUUACAUUGAAAAGGUACCCAGCACCACUUUCAUUGACAACAUGGAUGAGCUUUGUUGGCGCUGCGCAAUCAGCUGUCUUCACUGUGAUCGUACAGCAUAAACCAAAACCAUGGGCUAUUGGCUUCAACAUAGACUUAUGGGCUAUCAUCUAUUCUGGAGUGGUGUGCUCUGGCUUAAUAGUUUUCAUCCAACUAUGGUGCACUGAAAAGAAGGGUCCAGUUUUUGUUACUAUGUUCAAUCCUGUUUCAACAGUAUUGGUGGCAGUUUUGGCAUAUUUUGUUUUAGGUGAAAGACUGUAUAUGGGAAGCGUCAUAGGAGGAGUUAUUGUCAUUUUUGGUCUCUACACUGUGUUGUGGGGUAAAGAAGGGGAUAAAGAACUUCAAACCGAGCUUCAUGCACCCUCCAGUUCGAGUGAUGAAGAGCAAAAGGAAACAAAGAUACAAAUUUCUUCGAUGGAGAUGGUGGUGAAAUCUGAAGAAAAGCCUAAAAGUGAUGCAAAUACAUAGUUGCAAAGUUCCCGUUCCACACUUGAGCUAGUUUUACCAAGAUUUUCACAAACUUGACCGAGGCGCGUUUUAGAUUAACUUUUCCUUUCCCAAAUGCGGAUGUAACCAAGUUAGAUAUCAAUCAAAUUGAAGAAUCUAUAAUUGGUUUCAGAUGCCCCGUGAUUUACAUAAUAUUGAAGAACGAAAAGCAGCACUACUAUAAUAUGAAGUAUUCUUCCAUCCAA